UCAGCCCCUGUGAGGACGCCCGUGCGACCCGAGUGCAGUAUUUCUGCAGGACAUUCCUUUCUGCAGUCAAUCAACAUGGAUGUGAUUGCAGAUAUCGCCAUAGUUUUGGGAAAAUUUCUAUAUUACUUUUUGGAAUCUUUGGUUUACAAGAUAAUUCCCAAGACGAAAAAGAAUGUUGCUGGAGAGAUUGUACUUAUAACGGGAGCUGGAAGUGGACUUGGGAGGCAAUUGGCCAUACAUUUUGCCAGACUUGGAGCCAUUUUAGUUCUAUGGGAUAUUAAUCAAGAAGGCAAUACGGAAACGUGUAGACUGGCCAAAGAAAACGGUGGUGAGAAAGUGUUUCCCUAUACGUGUGACUGUAGCAACAGACAAGAGGUCUACAGAGUUGCUGAUCAGGUCAGGAAAGAAGCUGGUGAUGUGACUAUCCUCAUUAACAACGCUGGUAUAGUCACAGGAAAGUUCUUCCUCGAUAUUCCAGAUCACAUGGUGGAAAAAUCCUUUCUUGUAAACGUCAUCUCUCAUUUCUGGACUUGUAAGGCCUUCCUUCCUGCCAUGAUUAAAGCUAACCAUGGUCACCUGGUUUGUAUUUCAAGUGUAGCAGGAGUAUUUGGUAUUAAUGGACUAUCAGAUUAUUCUGCAAGUAAAUUUGCAGCCUUUGGCUUUGCUGAAUCUCUCUUUUUGGAAUUAACUAUGGUAAAGAAAACUGAAGUUAAAACCACCAUCGUGUGCCCACACUUCAUCAACACUGGAAUGUUUGAAGGCUGUACAAGCAAGUAUCCGUUUCUGUUACCAAUACUGGAGCAGGAGUAUGUGGCCAAAAAAAUUGUAAAUGCUAUUUUAGAGGAACAAGUUUAUUUAAUGAUGCCCAAAUUUGUAUAUAUCAUAUUGAUUCUUAAACAAAUAAUAUCUACAAAAAUGUUGAUGGCCCUUGGUGAGUACCUUGGAGUGGACACUGCCAUGGUUUCUUUCAAAGGGAGAAAGAAAGCAAAUGAACUUCAGACUGAAACUGAAGGGAAACACCAAUAGCUCAAGCCUCAAACAUGGGAAUCAAAGUGUUACAAGGAUAAACUAUUUGCAAUUCCUCCUAAUGCUUAAAGGACUGCAGUCUACCAAGGAUUACUGAAGCUUUCAAAAGUGUCAGUUGUGUUUUCUGGACAUAGUUUACACACCAAUUAUUUUUCUAAGCAUUCAAGUUAUCUGUCCAGUUUUCCUUAUCGUUUUUUAGCUUUAUAAAUGAGGACAUUACAGUCUUUUCAAUGGACUUUGAACAUAAUAUGUUUAUAAAACCAUAUUAAUGCAAGUUGACCCUAAUUUAAUUUUAAAAUAGAUCAUAUAUAAUACCUUUGGAAGAGAGAUAAUUAUAAAUAAUGACCUUAUAAGUCAGUUUUUUUAUUUUGACAAUUUUUCAACAUCAGCUUUAAAGAUACAUAUCAGUUUCAUAAUUAAGGAAAAUAAUGUUUGCCUCACAAAGUAAAGGCAUAUUUGUGUUGCCUUUUCAUUCCUAGUAGAUGUUCAUCUCAAGGCUCUUAGUGGGAUUGAACCUGAAUAUUUGAUAAAAUACAUUUGUAACUUAUCAUUUUUGUUUGCAUCUGAAUAUAUCAAACUCUUAGCUCUUUUACUCCACUAAAAAAAGUACACAUUAGAAUUAUAUACACUAUUGGUUUGAAAAUGAAACAUUUUCAUACUUAAUUCAACAAAAUGCUAUAUUAACUGAUGUAGUUGAAUACAUGACAUAGUAUCCUCAUGAGAAAUGGGCACAGCAUGUGCCAGCUAUGUGGCCAACAUUCCUAACAAUCUCACCUCUGGGCUUGGAAUAGUUCUUGAGCUGUAAUCACUAUACAAUAGUGUAGCUUUAUCUCCAUUGGGCUCCAGACCUACUGAGCAAUGGUAACACCAAAAACUGAAAAUUUCAAGUAAAUUAAAGUAUAUAUUCAGUUGACCAAAAAGUGAGCACUCAUUUUAUCAGAUCUAUCCUAGUAUUUGGGACAUAAUAUGUCUAUGUUCAUGCAAAUAAAAAGUAUAAUUUAACUUGAGAUGAAAAAAAGUGAGAAAAAAAUUUAAUACAGAAAUAAAAUAAAACAUUCCAAACAAGCAAUUUGUAAGAAAAUGAAACUUAUCUUUUAACAGGUUUGUGAGUAAAGCCCUUCUAAAAUUUUGAUAUCUCUCUGCCUUCUUAAAUGGAGUAUUCAAAGCACAGUUUAACUUUUCUUUAAUGCUGCAGGAGCAUUAACAUAUUUUUACCUAGCUCAAUUGACAACCAGCAGUGGUUUUUGAAGGGCCAUUUAUUUCUAAAUAAACUGAUCCACAACCCCUCACUCAGGUGUAGGAAGACUUGACAUAUCAGCUUUUGCUUCACUCAGCCAAGAAUGUAUCCUGCUACUUGCAAAGCUGAAUCUAUGAGAUGUACUUCUAUCAGCAUGCCUAAUAUGUCUAUGUAUUUAUGUGUUGUGUACACAAUGUUUCAGUACCACUUUAAAAAGCUCUAAUUAAUUGGCUUAAGAAAAUAAAAGCACUUUAAUCAAAUACUUUAUGUUGGAAAAAGAAAAGACUGGUCAAAUGCUUUUUCAAGUUUAUGCAACUUAACUGAAAUCUUUAAUAA